UUGAUCGCAGUCAUUGAAUCAAUUUCAAUGGAGUUGGAGUAAUUUAUCCGGUCUGGAUUGCAUCAUUUUGCAGUUAUAUUUUUACCACUAAUUAAAUAAUAAUUGGGUAAAAAUAAUGUUGACCGCAACGCGAGUAUUGUCGAGAGGAUGUUCCGGAGUCAGUCGGGAUAUUUCUAGACGGCAUCGGUUUAGUACUCUUUUGAAGAAUAGAACUAGUUCCGUGCUUUCUGUUUCUCCUGAAAAAGUUUGCGAUUUACAAUGUCGUCACAAGUCAGAGGGCGUGAAGGGAGUAGUCAUCGGUAUAGAUUUAGGAACAACUUUUUCUUGUACGGCUGUGAUGGAGGGUAAACAAGCGAAAGUUAUUGAAAAUGCAGAAGGUUCAAGAACAACUCCUUCUUAUGUUGCCUUUACAAAAGAUGGAGAGCGUUUAGUUGGUAUGCCAGCGAAACGUCAAGCUGUGACAAAUUCAUCAAACACAUUUUACGCAACUAAACGACUUAUAGGCAGAAAAUUCGACGAUGCCGAAGUAAAAAAAGAAAUGAAGACGGUGUCUUAUAAAAUCGUGAAAGCAUCGAAUGGCGAUGCUUGGGUUCAAGGAUCCGAUGAAAAAAUGUAUUCCCCGAGUCAGAUUGGAGCGUUUGUGCUAAUAAAAAUGAAAGAAACUGCUGAAGCCUAUUUAAAUACACCGGCGAAAAAUGCUGUUGUAACUGUUCCUGCUUAUUUCAACGAUUCUCAGAGACAGGCAACUAAGGAUGCUGGGCAAAUUGCUGGUCUCAAUGUUCUCCGAGUAAUUAACGAACCAACAGCCGCAGCUCUCGCCUAUGGCUUGGAUAAGACCGAAGAUAAAAUAAUUGCCGUGUAUGACUUGGGCGGCGGUACUUUCGAUAUUUCGAUUUUGGAAAUACAAAAAGGAGUUUUCGAAGUCAAGUCCACUAAUGGCGAUACGUUUUUAGGCGGCGAGGAUUUCGAUAAUGCCUUGGUCAACUUUUUGGUCACUGAAUUUAAACGUGAUCAAGGUCUCGAUAUAUCAAAAGACGCGAUGGCAAUGCAACGUUUAAAGGAAGCAGCCGAGAAGGCAAAAAUUGAACUCUCAAGUUCAUUGCAAACCGACAUCAAUCUCCCCUAUUUAACAAUGGAUUCCAGUGGUCCGAAGCAUUUGAAUCUCAAGAUGUCGAGAAGUAAAUUUGAAAAUCUUGUCGGCGACCUGAUUAAACGAACAAUUCAGCCUUGUCAGAAGGCUCUUAGCGACGCCGAAGUGUCUAAAUCCGACAUUGGAGAAGUGCUUUUAGUGGGAGGAAUGACCAGGGUUCCUAAGGUGCAACAAACUGUUCAGGAAUUAUUCGGAAGGCAACCGUCACGAGCAGUGAAUCCUGAUGAGGCGGUUGCAAUUGGAGCUGCUAUUCAGGGCGGAGUUCUCGCCGGGGACGUCACUGACGUUUUACUUCUUGACGUCACGCCUCUUUCACUCGGUAUCGAGACGCUUGGAGGAGUUUUCACGAGGUUAAUUUCGAGAAAUACAACCAUUCCAACGAAGAAGAGUCAAGUAUUUUCGACAGCGGCUGACGGUCAAACUCAGGUAGAAAUUAAAGUUCAUCAAGGUGAACGAGAAAUGGCUUCUGACAAUAAACUUUUGGGACAAUUUUCUCUUGUUGGAAUUCCACCAGCACCGCGAGGUGUUCCACAAGUCGAAGUUACAUUUGACAUUGACGCCAAUGGAAUCGUUCACGUCUCGGCCAGAGAUAAGGGAACUGGAAAAGAACAACAGAUUGUCAUUCAGUCGAGUGGUGGUCUGAGUAAGGACGAAAUUGAGAAUAUGAUUAAAAAAGCAGAACAGUACUCGAGGGAGGAUAAAGUAAAGAAGGAAAGGGUUGAGGUUGUUAAUCAGGCCGAAGGAAUUAUUCACGAUACCGAGGCUAAAAUUGAAGAAUUCAAGGCACAGUUGCCACAAGAAGAUUGCAAUAAUUUGAAGGAGAAAAUUGAGAAAAUGAGAGAAAGUCUAUUGAAGAAAGAUGAAAUUGAUCCCGAGGAACUUAGAAAACAGACAAACGAACUUCAACAGGCCAGUCUCAAAUUAUUUGAAAUGGCAUAUAAAAAGAUGGCUUCUGAACGAGAAACUUCCAAUCAGAGUACUCAGCAAGAACCGGAAAAUCAAGAUGAGAAGAAGAAGGAAGAUAAAAACUAAAUUUAUUUUAUUUUUUCAACUGAGAAAAGAAAACUGUUAAAAUGACUCUUAUUUUAUUGAAUUUUUCUUUUCUAUUCUUUACGAAAAAUAUUAUUUCGUAUACUAUUUUUCUUUCUAAAUUUCUAAACAAUAAAUUAUUGUAAAUUUUGUAAUGUAUAUAUUUAAUUAAAUUGACGCGGCGUUCAAAUCAUUUUUACCAUGAAAUAUGGGUAUAAAUUAUGAGUUUGUUUCUUCAAGCCUAAAAAAGGAAAAAAAUAUGAAAAUUCCAGUGAUUAAAAGCUUUUGUAAAUUUUUAUUCUUUUAUAUAUGUAUAGAGUAUAUAUAAUAAUAAAUAUAAAAUAGUUAAUGAAUUUAAUUUCGAACUGAAAGAAUGAAUAAAAGUUGAAUGUAUGAAGUGAAAUGCAAAUUAUACACCAACCGUUGUGUAUAAAUUAAUAUUAAGAUUUAACAGAAUUUCGAAUUCUGUUUUCAAAUGUCAUUUCAAAUAAUACGCACUUUAAAUGUUUUCGUUGUUAUAUUUAAUAAACAAAGAUUCAUUAUUUA